AUGUCCACCGGGAUGCCAGAUCACACGUGGGGUGAAGCACAUGCAUCAUCCGCAGCAGCAUAUACAUCAUCAGCCACAAUUGGUGCCAGUUUGUUCAUGCACUGGAUUCCUAAGGCCAUGCUACAAAUGGGGAAAUGGAGGUUGGCAAUCUUCCGUCAUGCCCGAGUUGGUGGUCGGAAAAUGAGUGGGAGUGCAUUUAAUAAACUGAUUAGCCGGCUUGCUGCAGAAGGCCAUGAUCUGUCGAAUCCAGUUGAUCUGAAGGACAACUGGGCGAAGCAUGGAACAAAUCGCUAUAUCACCAUUAAGUAAAUGUCUAGAAAUUGGCAUGAAAGUGUGAAAAUCCAGAAACAGCAUCUGGUGAAUGGUGAUCAGGUACGUGUCCUCAAUUCUUCUUUGAUUAUAGGGGAAGAAGGGAUUUUGGUUAAUUGCCU